ACGUCAGCCUUCGUGUCGGUCGCAACGCGUCGUUCCGAGUGUGCAAAUUGAAACUUUGAAUAUUUUGUGAAGUGAACAAACUAUAAAUUCCUGUUUAUCGUAACAAACAGGUGCUACCCAGUGCAAGAACCGUAAACUUCUAGCCAUAAUUUCACAUUUGCAUACAUCCAGCAAGCAAAACAAGCAACUGGAGCUGUAGUUGGAGCAGGAAAUAGCAAAUUCUUGGCCCCAUCAAGUGUUGUUUAUUGAGAAGAUGAACAGGUGGUAAACGAAUCCAGUUGGAAUCCGGAGCACCACUUGAAGAAGUUUUCCCCUUUCUGGACCCUUGUCUGGAUUGCACAGCCAGAAAACAAGUAGGAUAAGUGGCUGUUUGAUUAACGGUGAACGGCAGAGUCGGAAAAGUAACAAGUGAUAUCAAUCAAACUUAAUUGUAGUGAGUGUCGGGCAGAAAUUUAAUAAUUGCCUUAAGUUAGGCACAGUGAUAGUAAAAUUGCCCCUCCAUCCAACUGAUGUAGUCGUACUUUUGCUAUUUGCAAGAAGAUCAACGCGCUCAACUUUUGCCGGUGUGCUUGCUGAUGCUGCAUGAAAAUCCUCGAGCUAGCAGAUGAAGCUCCGGAAGUGAGAAAGUGUAACAUCCAAUAAUUACAUCGACUAACGACGCAAACGAUUUCCGGCGCUGACGAAGUGGAAAAUCAUCAUCGACUUUGAUUGCACGAAGACGACGACCGGUAAAAGUCACAGUUUGUUGAAGAUCCCAGUUUUCAUCUUCUGCUCCAACCAGUCAGUGUCGAUUGAAUUCAUCAGUGUCUAUGAAGGUGAAGGAGGAAAAUUAUCCCGACGAUACGGAAUAUCCCUCUGAGCGGUGGUUUUAAACCUUUUGGAAUAAACUUAACAAAGACUGAUUGGAACUUGGAGAAGUGAAAUAUAACCUCAUAAGGAGAACGACCAGUGAGUGGUAGAAUAUUUCAGUAGCAGUUUGAUUUUGAAAAGGAAUGAUCUUCUUUUCUGAUCUUUUUGAAUUCUUUUGACGAAAGCUUGGUAGAUGGUAAGACCUGCCGUGCCCUGCCCACUUAUGAAUGUUGUCGGGUGAAAUUUACCUCCGAUCGCCAUUGAGCGUGGUGCUGCUACCGCCACCCUCAUUAAUAGAACUCUGUAGAACUAUGGCGGCAAUUGCAACGCUCGCCAAUCAGCAAAAUAUCGAUGAUGACGACAUCUUCCUAGAGAACGGCUUGCUAAGCUACGAGAACCCCAACUACCAAAUGGACCGGUUGCGGAUGGAACGCAACUCACACCUGUACGAGGAGAUCAUCUCCGAGCUGCAGCAGCAGGGCACGCUACGUCCGGCGGGAAACGUCAACCUUGUGGGGGGCAACCGGAAGGGCUACCUGGACAUCACAGCCUCCAUGGGAGUCGAUGGACCCGGGGUUGGCGGCAAGGAAGCUGAAGGAAACUCACUGAAAGAGAAGCAGAAACUACUGGACGGAUCGCCGAACGAGUCGGAAACGCAGAAGGAUCAGAACUCUGAGAAGGGAGAUAACCGAGCCACCCAGCAGCAACAGGAGGAGGACAUCAAACACAUAGCAGGAACACUUAACGCGGAUGAUCUGUACGCUUUGCCAAACAAGAAGAAACAGGAAGUAGACGAGGUGCCCCCGGAGGAAGACGAUGACGAUGGGCAGGAGGAUGAAAAAGGCAAACAGGACGAACAGGAAGAUAUCGAGGGCAUAGAGGACAAAGACAAAACCAAAGACCUACCGCCUGGGUGGGAGAAACACGAAGAUAACAGUGGUCCAUACUACUGGCACAUAAAAUCGGGAACCAUCCAGCGGGAGCCACCGGUAUGGCCCAAGGAGGAACUACCGACGAAGGAACCGACGGGCGCUCCGAAGACCCCGAACGCGGCAGUUCCCACGGCCCGGUACGUCCAAAACUCGAUGUUCUCGCAGACACUGGCCAAUCUGUACGGAACGCCAAAACCGGAACUCGAAUCAUCAUCAUCACCGUCCAGUAGCGGACGGAUGCACGAAAGCAUGACCUCGUCCGUUACCCGCAGCAGUACCAGCUCAGCGCUGGAUCAGGAAGACGAUCGGCGCCGAAGGGAGGAGAUGGCCCUGAAACGACGAAGCUUUCCGCUCAAAUCGGAUACGGAUCGGCCGAUCAGAUUCGCCGUUCGGUCGCUCGGUUGGGUCGAGAUUGCCGAGGAAGAUCUGACGCCGGAACGGUCCUCCAAGGCCGUCAACAAGUGUAUUGUGGAUCUUUCGCUGGGCCGGAACGAAAUGCUGGACGUCGUUGGACGAUGGGGUGAUGGAAAGGAUCUGUUUAUGGAUUUGGACGAAGGUGCGCUGAAGCUGAUCGAUCCGGAAUCGCUGACAAUACUCAACUCACAGCCCAUCCAUACGAUACGUGUGUGGGGAGUCGGGAGGGAUAAUGGAAGAGAUUUUGCGUACGUGGCACGUGAUCGGCUUACCCGGAUCCACAUGUGUCACGUGUUUCGAUGUGAUACAGCCGCCAGGACGAUUGCCAACACGCUCCGAGACAUCUGCAAGCGGAUAAUGAUCGAACGGUCCCUCCAGCUCGACGCCAACAGUUCCAGCUCCAGCAGCUCCCGGUGUGCGAUUCGCCCGACGGAUCUGCCGACGGAAAACCGCCGAUGGAUUCGGCAUCAACUGUCUCUUCUAGCUGCCUCUUUCCCAACGCCGAUGGAGGAACCGAAGAAGGUGCUUCGGGCCCAGUACAUCGGACAGACCGAGGUGCACCAGGCCACCGGGAUGGAUGUGCUGAACGAUGCGAUCGCGAAGGUGAUAUCCGAAACGCAGGUCGAGAACUGGGACAGCGUGAACGUAUCGGUGGCACCCAGUAUGAUCAGCAUCAACACUUCGGAUGCAGAAAACCGUCUUUUGUGCGAGUGCCGGGUGCGGUACCUUUGCUUCUUGGGCAUUGGAAAGAACAUCAAAAACUGUGCGUUCAUAAUGCACACGGCCCAGGAUCGAUUCGUUGCUCACGUGUUUCACUGUGAACCAUCCAGUGGGGCGCUGUGUAAAACGAUAGAGGCAGCUUGCAAGCUCCGGUACCAGAAGUGUUUGGACGCCCAUCCGGAGGCGAGCGGUCGCUACUCGGCCGAUUCGCACACCCCCGGCAAAGGCAUUGGAGCGACUUUAAAAAACUUGAUGAGCUCGUUCUCGCUAAAGAAGGAUAAGGCCAGCUCCUGAGAACGAGCAAAAUCACUGCAGUAAUUUUUUCAAAACAACCAAUUCCCAACCAACUGCACACCACCACCCAAUCGGCCCCUUUUCUUCUCGCUGUCGUUAUCGAACGAAUCAAAACAACGCACCACGCAACAGGAAAUCUGGCCCAUUGCCACUGAGCGGGA